AUGCCUGGCUUCGACUUCUCCAACUACAACCGCAAUGCGGCUCUCCACGCACAGGGUAUGCCUCUCCCUAAGGCUACCAGCACCGGCACGACGAUUGUAGGGUGCAUAUUCGAUGGAGGUGUUGUUAUUGCCGCAGACACCAGAGCCACGUCGGGCCCCAUCGUCGCCGACAAGAACUGCGAGAAGCUUCACUACAUCGCCCCCCAGAUCUGGUGCGCCGGCGCCGGCACCGCCGCCGACACCGAGUUCACCACGGCCCUCAUCUCCUCCCAGCUCGAGCUACACGCCAUGUCCACGGGACGCAAGCCCCGCGUCGUCACCUGCAUGACCAUGCUCAAGCAGCACCUCUUCCGCUACCAGGGCCACAUCGGCGCCUACCUCGUCGUCGCGGGAGUCGACCCCACGGGCACCCACCUCUUCACCGUCCACGCCCACGGCAGCACCGACAAGCUCCCCUACGUCACCAUGGGCAGCGGCAGCCUGGCGGCCAUGAGCGUCUUCGAGUCCAAGUGGAAGGCCGCGCUGACCCAGGAGGAGGCCGUCGAGCUCGCCAGCCAGGCCAUCCUGGCGGGUAUCUGGAACGACCUGGGCUCCGGCUCCAACGUUGACGUCGCCGUCAUCACGCCCGAGAAGACGACGCUCAAGAGGAACCUGAUCAAGCCAAACGAGAAGGUGCCCAAGCAGCAGAGCUACAAGUUCGCCAGAGGCACAACGGCCGUCCUGAACGAGAAGAUUAUCAAGAAGAGCGAAAUUGGCCGGUACGUCAGUGUGCAGGAGGUGCCUCUCGAGUCCGACAAGAUGGAGGUGGAUUCUUAG